UGUUUGUCAUUAUUGUAAAGUAAAAAUUAACAAGUUGGUUUAACGUUUCCAUACAUACAUUUCAUCUAGCUAUUCAGAAAGUAUCAGGAUAUUCUCAACAUGACGUCUGUUUUAUGCCCAGAAAUUCCUACUCCAGGAUUCUCAUUUGAAAACUGCAAACGCAAUGCUCUAUUGGAAGGAAAAGGUCUUGCCUUACCCAAAGCAACCAAAACUGGUACUACAAUUGUAGGUAUUACCAUUAAAGAUGGAAUCGUUCUUGGUGCUGAUACAAGAGCAACUGAAGAUACCACUGUUGCAGAUAAGAAUUGUGAAAAAAUUCAUUAUAUCUCACCUAAUAUUUAUUGUUGUGGUGCAGGCACAGCAGCUGAUACAGAAAUGGUUACCCAAAUUAUUUCCUCCAAACUUGCUCUCCACCAGCUCUACACCCAUCGUCAGGUAAGAGUAUGUACAGCAAAUAUGAUGCUGAAGCAAUACUUGUUCCGCUACCAAGGCUAUGUGGGAGCUGCUCUCAUUCUUGGUGGAGUGGAUACAACUGGUCCUCAUCUUUAUCAAAUUUACCCACAUGGUUCUACUGACAAAUUGCCCUUUACUACUAUGGGCUCUGGUUCUUUGGCUGCUAUGGCUGUGUUUGAAUCCCGUUGGAAACCAGAUAUGGGAGAAGAGGAAGGUAUUCAGCUUGUGAGGGAUGCUAUUGCAGCUGGUAUCUUCAAUGAUUUAGGAUCAGGUAGUAAUGUCGAUGUUUGUGUAAUUAAGAAGUCUGGAGUUGACUAUAAGAGAACGUACGAAGAGGCAAAUAAGAAGGGUACUAGGCAGAAUUCCUAUCGUUAUCCUAAGGGAUGUACCGCUGUUCUGUCAACUAAAGUGCAAAAUAUUGAAGUUGAAACUAAAGUUCAGCAUAUUGAACCAAUGGAUACUGCUUAGAUUAGAAUGGUUAAUGAUAAGUUUUAUAUUGAUUGUGAAGUAUCUAACAAUAACUCCACAUUAAAAAUUCAAUGCUUA